UUCUGUUUUAUAUAUUACUCUAUUGGACAGUACAACUUGCAGUUUUUAAGUUUUGUAAUCUUCCAAAUAAUAUCCCUCGUUAUUAUAAAUUGUUUUCAUAAAUUUAAUAAUGACCUCCGUAUUAUCUCCAGAAAUACCUGCUCCAGGUUUUUCUUUUGAAAAUUAUCAACGAAAUGCAUUCUUGGCACAAAAAGGGUUUCCUGCACCUAAAGCUACAAAGACCGGUACUACCAUUGUAGGUAUCAUAUAUGCAGAUGGAGUGAUUCUUGGUGCGGAUACGAGGGCCACUGAAAAUACAGUAGUGUCUGAUAAAAAUUGCCAGAAGAUUCACUAUUUGGCGGGUAAUAUGUACUGCUGCGGUGCGGGUACCGCUGCUGAUACGGAAAUGACCACACAAACAGUGGCGUCACAAUUAGAAUUACAACGUUUACACACUGGGCGCACUGUGCCAGUUGAAACCGCAGCAACUCUUCUGAAGCGUAUGCUGUUCCGCUACCAGGGUUAUAUUGGUGCUGCUUUAGUUUUAGGUGGUGUGGAUCGUACUGGGCCUCACAUAUAUUGUAUUUAUCCUCAUGGGUCUGUUGAUAAAUUACCUUAUGCUACCAUGGGUUCGGGAUCUUUGGCAGCAAUGGCUGUAUUUGAAGCAGGCUGGAAACCCAACAUGACAGAGGAGGAGGGUAAAAAGUUGGUGCGAGAUGCUAUAGCUGCUGGUAUCUUCAAUGACUUGGGAUCUGGGUCCAAUGUUGACCUCUGUGUUAUUCGCAAUACUGGUCCUGCUCAAUAUCUCAGAACAUAUGAAGAGGCCAAUGUGAAGGGGAAAAAACAAGGAUCUUAUAGAUAUCCUUCAGGAACAACUGCUGUCCUCAAGCAGCGUGUGAUUCCCCUGGAAGUGGAAUCUGUGGCGGUACACACAGUGCAGCCUAUGGAAGUGGAACCAUCACCUAGCCGCCGCUGAUCAUAUAAUUGAAAUAAAUAAUUACUUUUAUUAUAUA